AUGGAGAAUAGAGGCGGUGUGCAGAUCUCACCACCGAUCGUGGAGGAGGUGGGAGCGCGGAGGCGGAACACCAGUGGAAGAGAGAGGGAGCAGAGCUGCGGUGACCGCUGGCUCUGCAUGCGCCGCCGCAGCUCGCAGCGGCCGCCGCGAACAAUAGAGAAAAGGAGAUCGAGAGUGAGCGCAAAGAGAGGGCAGUGGAGGAGGGUGGGUGGAUGCGGAGGCGCCGCGCCGUCGCCGUGGAGGAGGAGAGGCGACAAGGGUGUAGCAGUUAGGUCUAUGUUGAUUCCUCUCUCAACGAAAGAAGAAGAAGAAGAAAUGAAGAAAACAAUAGUAGGAAACAUUGUUAUGAAGCCUUCGCCAUCACCUUCGUCUUCCUCCAUCCUUUCUCCUUCCCUCUUAUUAGCCCUCAUUUUAUCGGCCGUCGUGAUUUACAGCUCCGGCUUCUGCUACAUCUCUCGUCUAUACGAUCAUCACCCGCCCAUUCCACUAGCUGUUCACUUCAAGAUGAAGACGAGAGAAAGACUGCCUUUCGCGAUCGGGGAGGGUGACGGAAAUUGUGAUAUGUUCGGCGGGAGGUGGGUCCGGGACUACGAUCAGCCGCCGUACGAGGAAUCCGACUGUCCGUACAUCGGCGGCCAGCUGACGUGUCUCGGCCACGGCCGCCCUGAUAAGGACUACCGCUACUGGAGAUGGCAACCUAAUGCUUGUUCUCUCCCUAGUUUUAACGCAACAUUGAUGCUGGAAGAGCUUAGAGGAAAGAGAAUGAUAUUUGUGGGUGAUUCUCUAUUUAGAGGCCAAUUCACCUCAUUGGUUUGUCUUCUUCACCGAGUCAUACCUCCACAUGCUCAAUCUAUGGAAACCAUUCAUUCCUUAACUAUUUUCACAGCCAAGGAUUAUAAUGCAACAAUAGAGUUCUAUUGGAUGCCAUUUUUGGUGGAGUCGAACGCAGAUGACCCGAAAAUGCACAAGGUGGAUCACAGAAUUAUCAGAAAUGCCCCCAUUGGGAGGCAUGGCCAAUACUGGAAAGGAGCAGACAUAAUCCUCUUCAACACUUACAUUUGGAGAGGGUCUUUGGAGGAUGAGGCGAAGGAAACGGUAAAGGUAUCAAUGGAGGAUGGGUAUCGCGUGGCGCUGAAGAUGCUGAUAAGAUGGAUAAACGAGAACAUUGAUCCCAACAAAACAAGGCUCUUUUUUGUGGGCUUGUCAGCUACGCAUCAACGGAGCUCAAAAUGGGGAGGAGCUCCGAAGGGAAACUGCUACAACGAAACAGCGAUGAUCGAGGAUGGUAGGUAUAUGGGAGUGGAAAGAAGCUUGUUUCCCAUAAUCGAAGAAGAAUUGAGCAAGUCUGCAGUUCCGAUCACAUUCCUGAACAUCAGUGAGGUGACGAGCCGACGCAAGGAUGCCCACACCUCCAUCUAUAAAGCUUAUCGCCGCCCCUUAACGCCCACCCAGCGCGCAAAUCCCAUCCCCUACGCUGAUUGCAUACACUGGUGCUUGCCUGGAGUUCAAGACGUUUGGAACCACCUCUUCUUUGCUAAGCUCUUCUUUCCUUGACAUUUUCUUCUUCUUUUUCACAGAACAACUUUUUAAUUUACCUAGUUUUAAUUAUAUAUUCACAUUUUGUGACC